AUGAUCCAAUUCGAUAGGCACCCAUCAUCCUAUUCCUGUAUUUGUGUGAAUACUCUGAAGGCAACAAGUGAUACUGUAACAGAAAAGCUAUUGACCAUCCUGCAGGAAACAGGGCACGGUAGUGAUGCUAAUGGUGUUAAAACGCUCAAUGGCGACACUGACAUCACAUCUGAAGUUGAUAUGGGGAAAAAGCAAGGAAGCAUUUCAAGAGAGCCUAAUAAUCUGGUUUCAGGUCAAACCAUGAUGAACUCAAUAUUAGCUGGAGAUGCUCCUAAAUCAAGUUUGCAAAAGUUUCCUAUAAACAAGUGCCAGGUCCCUGGGUUGGACUAUGUUCUACUUGUAAAUGGAUCAGGACCACAUGACAUUCAGUAUAGUUCUGCUCUUAACAAACCUGUGAAAGAGGUAAUUGUGAGCCGGAAAUGUGCUGAGGCAGUUCUCCGUGGCGCUCAGGUAUUUGUUCCGGGUGUAUUGGCUUGCAGUGCUCAUGUGGAGAAAGGGGACACAGUUGCAGUUUCAGUUGCCGUGGAGCAACCCGUUGAUGGUGGAUGGAGUGUGGGUAUAACCCGUGGUAUCACUCUAGAAGGAACACAGACAGAUCCGCAUCAUCUUCAGAGAAGGGGCCUAUAUAUUGGCCAAGGAACGGCAGUGUUGUCAAGAGCUGGGAUUUUCCGUGCUUUACAUGGGGUUGCAGUGGAAAUGACAGACAGAUUUCCACUUUAUGUUUUUUGCUUGAGCCCCUCUUGCUCCGUGCUAUGUAGAAUCACCAUGGAAGAAUGUAAAACUGACAAAAGAUUCUGA